AUNUACAAAAAAAAAAAAAAAAGAUGAAGAGGAAGAUGAUGAUGAGGAUUUAAAUGAUUCUAACUAUGAUGAAUUUAGUGGAUAUGGUGGUUCUUUAUUCAGCAAAGAUCCUUAUGAUAAAGAUGAUGAGGAAGCAGAUAUGAUUUAUGAAGAAAUAGAUAAACGAAUGGAUGAAAAGCGUAAAGAGUAUAGAGAAAAAAGAUUGAAAGAAGAAUUAGAAAAAUAUCGACAAGAACGUCCUAAAAUUCAACAACAAUUCAGUGAUUUAAAGCGUGGAUUAACUAUGGUUAGUGAAGAUGAGUGGAGAAGUAUUCCUGAAGUUGGUGAUGCAAGAAAUCGAAAGCAAAGAAAUCCAAGAGCUGAAAAAUUUACUCCACUUCCGGAUACUGUACUUUCAAGAAGCCUUGGAGGAGAAACUACCUCCUCUAUUGAGUCAGCUAGUGGUAUAAUGAGUCAGUAUCCACAUGGAACAGUUACUCCUGGAAUGUUAACCCCAACAGGUGAUCUAGAUUUAAGAAAGAUGGGACAAGCUCGAAAUACUCUAAUGAAUGUAAAACUAAAUCAAGUAUCAGAUUCUGUUGAAGGGCAAACUGUGGUUGAUCCAAAGGGCUACUUAACUGACUUACACAGUAUGAUACCAACAUAUGGAGGAGAUAUUAAUGAUAUAAAAAAAGCAAGAUUAUUAUUAAAAUCUGUAAGAGAAACAAAUCCUAACCAUCCACCAGCUUGGAUUGCUUCAGCACGUCUUGAAGAAGUUACUGGUAAAAUUCAAGCAGCUCGUAAUGUAAUUAUGAAGGGUUGUGAAGAUAACCCCAAAUCUGAAGAUAUCUGGUUAGAAGCAGCUCGAUUACAACCUCCAGAAACAGCUAAAGCUGUUAUUGCCCAAGCAGUAAGACAUAUUCCCACGUCAGUUCGCAUAUGGAUUAAAGCUUCCGAUUUAGAAACUGAGACAAAAGGAAAAAGAAAAGUUUAUCGUAAAGCAUUAGAACAUAUACCAAAUUCUGUGAGAUUAUGGAAAGCAGCAAUUGAACUUGAAGAUCCAGAAGAUGCCAAAAUUUUACUGAGUCGAGCUGUUGAAUGCUGUCCGACUAGUGUUGAUUUGUGGUUAGCUUUAGCUCGUUUAGAAACAUAUGAAAAUGCUAGAAAAGUUUUAAAUAAAGCCCGUGAAAAUAUUCCAACUGAUAGACAAAUUUGGACUACAGCUGCCAAGCUUGAAGAAGCAAAUGGAAAUAUUAAUAUGGUUGAAAAAAUUGUAGAUAGAGCUAUUUCUUCUUUAAGUGCUAAUGGAGUUGAAAUUAAUAGAGAACAAUGGAUUAAAGAAGCAAUUGAAGCUGAAAAAUGUGGAUCAGUUAAAACUUGUCAAGCUCUUAUUAAGGCUAUUAUUGGUCAUGGUAUUGAAGAUGAAGAUAAAAAGCAUACUUGGAUGGAAGAUGCCGAUUCAUGUGCUAGUCAGACAGCAUAUGAAUGUGCCAGAGCUAUAUUUAGCCAUGCUUUAACUAAUUUUCCAAGCAAAAAAUCCAUUUGGUUAAGAGCAGCAUAUUUUGAAAAGAAUCAUGGUACAAGAGAAUCUUUAGAAUCAUUAUUACAGAAAGCAGUUGCUCAUUGUCCUAAAUCUGAAGUACUAUGGUUAAUGGGUGCUAAAUCUAAAUGGUUAGCUGGUGAUGUCCCAGCAGCUCGAGGAAUUCUUUCUUUAGCUUUCCAAGCUAAUCCAAAUUCUGAAGAAAUUUGGCUUGCUGCUGUUAAAUUAGAAUCUGAAAAUUCAGAAUUUGACCGUGCAAGGCGGUUAUUAUCUAAAGCACGAGCAUCAGCACCAACACCCAGAGUUAUGAUGAAAUCAGCUAAAUUAGAGUGGUGUUUGAAUAAUUUAGAUACAGCUUUAAAAAUUCUUGAUGAAGCCAUUUCUAAAUUUCCUGAUUAUUCUAAACUGUGGUUGAUGAAAGGUCAGAUCGAAGAACAAUUAAAUGACAUAGAUAUGGCUCAUGAAACAUAUAAUACUGCUUUGAAGAAAUGUCCAAAUUCUAUACCUUUAUGGAUAUGUUUAGCUAGACUAGAUGAAAAAAGAAAAAUGUUAACAAAAGCAAGAUCUGUCUUAGAAAAAGGUCGUUUAAAAAAUCCUCGAAGUCCAGAACUUUGGCUUGAAGCUAUACGUGUUGAGUUUCGUGCUGGAAUGAGAGAUAUUGCAAACACAAUGAUGGCUAAAGCAUUGCAAGAAUGUCAUAAUGCUGGAAUAUUAUGGUCAGAAGCUAUAUUUUUAGAAGCCAGGCCACAAAGAAAAACUAAAAGUGUUGAUGCUCUAAAAAAGUGUGAACAUGAUGUUAAUGUUCUUUUGGCUGUUUCAAAAUUAUUUUGGAGUGAACGUAAAUUACAAAAAUGUCGAGAAUGGUUUAAUAGAACUGUGAAAAUUGAUCCAGAUUUUGGAGAUGCUUGGGCCUAUUUCUAUAGAUUUGAAUUAUUGCAUGGUACAGAAGAAGCUCAAGAGGAUGUCAAGAAAAGAUGUAUUUCUUCAGAACCUCAUCACGGUGAAGCAUGGUGUUUAGUAUCAAAAAACAUUUGUAAUUGGAGACUUACUACUGAAAAUAUUUUAAUGUUGGUUGCUAAAGAUUUACCUAUUCCUAUUUAAAUAUAAUUUUAAAUUCUGAUCUAAACAUUUAGUGCAUUGCUUCUAUUAUUAUUAAUUUAAUGUAAAAUUUAAUACAACAAUGUAUAUUAUUUUAAUAUAUAUAUGCAUUAUAAAAUACUGAAGUACUUAUAACUAUGUAGACUACAAUAUUUACAAUACAAAAUUAUUUUAAUUAUUUUA